AUGAUCAGCGGUGAUGUACCGAUGCGGCGGUACGACGACUUCUCCUCGGUCCUAGAGGCGCUCCCGAAGAAACCUCGCGUGAUCCUCGCCGCCGACGAGAUUGAGCACGAACUCCGUCGGCUAGCCGAGCUCUUCGCCAGGGCUACAUACCUGAUUGGUGAGUACGCCCUGAUGACUGGAGACGGCGAGACCACGACGAGAGCAGCGAACUACGAGCAUGUGGAGAGUAAGUUGGAGGAGAUCGACCGCGAGGUGGCUCGUUCAAGCUUGUCGAACAGGGCCGCAGUUCCCGCGGGAGCGCAUGGCUUGCCCCACUAUUACGUGGCGCGGUCCGUUGUCCGAAAAGCUGUUGAAGGCCUCAUCAAUGCGGAGGAGCCUUCAGCUCCCUUUGUGGUUGUCGGUAUGAGUGGUGCCGGGAAAACGGUGCUGGUCUCGGCUGUUGUACGCCAUUUGCGUGUUCGAGAGCACUUUCAUGGCGGCAUUUUCUGGAUGAGAGUGGGGAGGGGCGCAAAGACAAGCCUUCUGCCCCUAAUGCAGACCCUGGCCAGGGAGAUGGGCGCCCACGGUGUGCCUUACGUCCUGGACGGUCUGGAACAGGUUGGACAGCACGUGGCUGCAGUAGCAUCCACGGGCACCUCUCCGCGCCUGGUUGUACUGGAUGAUGUGUGGGAGCGUGAGGUUGUGGACGCCCUCCUUCGUCUGAAGUUGAAGGUGCUGGUGACCACGCGUGACCACUCGGUUGUCGGUGUACCAGGAACACGGUUGGAGCCGGAAGACAUGGCAGAGGAUGAGGCAAUGGAGCUGUUACUCAAGACGAGCGUGCCGAAGAACAAGGCGCUGGAGAAAUUGAUCAAGGCGGCCAUGACUGUGGGUCGGCCUGCGAACUUCCUAGCCCAGAUGACCAAGGUGAGAGAAAUCAUGACCGCCGCCGCCGCCGCCGCCUGGGACGAGAUGGUCAAACUCUUGAAUGAGAACAUGGCCCGUUUCUUGCGGCUUCGCGGAGAUCAGCUGCCGUCUCUCAAUGUCGUCCUUGAGUCGAGUUUCGACGCCUUGGCAAUACGGAAACAGGAGGAACCCAUCAUGAUGGUGGUGAUAGCCCCGCGUUCCAUUGCGCCUCGAGAGAUGCUAGAGAAUCUCUGGGAGCUGCAGGCCGGACAUUGGGGCUGCGAGAAAAGCUCUCGGCGCUGCAGUCACAAUACCUUCGGAGGCUGGACGUGGUCCAAGGUUUCGACAACCCUGGAGCACGUUGCUGGUAACCAGGGCUUGCUGGUGUUGGAUGCACUCUGGCGAUCGGUCGAAAAGCUCUGUGGGGACCUUGGGCUACAAGUUUCAUCGUACCGAGCGAGCUUGCAGGAGUUGGAGUCACGCGAGCCGACUGCAAACACGGCAAAUUCCUACUCUUUGGUCGGUGCUCUUUUUGCCCUCGAGGGCAAGGCGGAGCUGUCGAGACUGCAGGAGAAGGCGUUGGGCCCAGACCAUCCAAGUCUUGCAAUUUCCCUUGCAAUCCCAUCGUGGUUGUUCAACAGUCAGGGUAAGUACGAAGAGGCAGACGUCCUGAACAGGCGAGCCAUCAAGAUCCAGGAGAAGAUUGUAGGUGCAGACCAUCCAAGUCUUGCUACGUCGCUCAACACUCGAAUGUGGUUGUUGAACACUCAGGUCUUGCUAGCCUUCAUCACGCCACUAUUGCAUUUCGUGUUCGUGUUCCAGGGUAAAUACGAAGAGGCAGACGCCCUGAACACACGAGCCAUGAAGAUCCAGGAGAAGGCGUUGAGUCCAGACCAUCCGAGUCUUGCUAUGUCGCUUGGACUUCGGGCGUGGUUGUUGAGCUGCCAGGUGAGGGCAUCAGAACUCAGAAGGACGCUGCUUGGGGUGCUCGGUGGGUGUCGGAAGGCUCGUCGACGUGGUGUGCGACUCCGCGACCAGGACUUGCUAGCCUUCAUCGCGCGACUUUUGCGUUUCGUGCUCCGGGGUAAGCCCGAAGAGGCAGACGUCCUGAACAAACGAGCUAUCGAGAUCCAGGAGAAGACGUUGGGUCCAGACCAUCCAAGUCUUGCUACGUCGCUUGGACUUCGAUCGCGGCUGUUGCACAGUCAGGCGUUGGAAGGCUCGUCGACGGUACGUCUUUGUUGGCGAGCCAGGUUGGAUCUGCGAGCAAUUUCCUCGGAAUGUCGUUGUGUCAACCUGUGGGGAUGUUGA